AUGGCUACAAAACAAGCACACAAACGUUUGACGAAGGAAUAUAAGAUGAUGAUGGAGAAUCCUACUCCAUAUAUUAUUGCUCGACCUAAUGAGAGUAAUAUUUUGGAAUGGCACUAUGUUAUUACAGGCCCUCCAGAUUCGCCUUAUCAUGAUGGUCAGUAUCAUGGUACUUUGACAUUUCCAAGUGAUUACCCAUACAAACCACCUGCUAUUAGGAUGGUUACGCCGAAUGGUCGUUUUAAAGAGAAUACCAGGCUUUGUCUUUCGAUGAGUGAUUACCAUCCAGAUACGUGGAAUCCAGGCUGGUCAGUAGCAACGAUACUAAAUGGGCUACUAAGUUUCAUGACUGGCGACGAACAAACGACAGGAUCCAUCACCACUACGGAACAACAAAAGAAAAUACUGGCUAGGAAAUCUAUAGAAUACAAUACUUAUCAGAGCAUCAGGUUCAAGACAGUUUUCCCAGAUAUAGUUGAAGAGAACAUAAAAGUUAUUGAAGAGAAGAAAAAUAAUCAGAAUGAAAAGGAAGACGAGUUGUUAGCAGGAACUAAGAAACAAGAAGACGCAAUUGCAAAUGCAGCCAAGGAGAAACCGAUUUCCUUAGAAGAAAUUCUAGAUCCAGAAGAUCGAAUCAGAGCAGAACAGACCCUAAAGGCUAUCCAGGAAAAGGGUAAUGAAAACAAUAAUCCACAAGGUAGCUCAUCGACUUUAUACAUCAUUAUAGCGGUAUUCUUAUUCUUCCUGGGACUAUCGAUGAAAUAA